AGAACAAGAACAAGAACAAGAAGAACAAGAAGAAGAACAUGAUUGUGUUACACCUGGAAACAUAAUGUUGUGCGCAGAAGGGCAUGAGACAAAGGAAUGUGUGGCAUUGGGGAAAUUAGUGGUAUGUGUUAAUUGUAAGGGUGCCCAUUGGCCUGAGGAUCAGAAAUGUCCUGUGUGAGAGAGGCAGGUUGAGUUGGGUCAAGGGGAGGGAUCCUGUGAGGAAUGGUAUGAAUAGUAGAUCUCUACCAGUACAGAGAGAUAGGCCAACAAGUGAUAUAUGUAAGAUUGGAUUUUUAGCAUUCAUAGCAAUGGUUAUCAACUGUACUGCAGGGAUGGAACGUAAGUCGCAGAAAAUUGAGAUUGUGGUGGCAGCUGCAGAGAGGUAUUUGAGUGUGUGAGACUUGACAUCAGAAUAGUUUUUCAGGUUGUUGGUCUGAGAUAGGACUAAAUAGAUUUAAAGUGUUUUUAUUUAUUGAAGUAAUUUUUAUUUGUAUGAGUGUAGUGUUAAAUGGUAGGGUAUUUGUUUAUUUAUUUUUCAAGCUAAAUAAAAGGGCAGUCUAGUAGGUGGCGGUAAUGCAAUAUUUUUGGGACGCCAACCACAGUUAAACCUUAUCGACGACGAAGAAGAAGGAAGGAAACAGACCGUUUGUUGCAGGUUUCAUCGUUUACCGCUGAUGGAGCUAGCAGUGUUGUGGCGGGUGGUACUACAUGAUGAAUCUGGUCCGCAAACGCAACUCCAGCUCUCUCAAAGGUCGCCCUGACAAAUCUAUUAGGACAGAGAAACCACAGUCUAUAAGACCACCAGCAUCCCACAAUGCAUCAUCACCACUCACAACAGAGGCCAGUGCAAUUGUUACCACUUCCAAGGAGGAGAGAGGCCUGGAGGUCCAUGGGACUUCGUCGCCAUGGAGACGGUCUCCCAGGUUCAAGAGUCAAAGCCUGCUUGGCCAGGGUCCCAGCGUGGACCUUCUUGUUGCUGAGGGAUCUCCAGGUCAGGUAGCGAAUGACGAGGAGGCUGUCCAGUGCAGCCCUGCACAGUGCCCCCCUCAGACAGAAGAGGAUACAGACACUGACCUGGUCAUCACUAUGGAUGAAAGGCAUGGCGGGGUACACAAGGGCAGCAGGAAGAAGGGAGGGGUUAAGAGGAAGAAGAGAGCUGCGGACAGAGAGGUGGGAGAAAGACAGCAAGAAGUGGCCGGUCCCGAUCUGGAGAUUGACAGAGAGCUGGACCGUGAGCUGGAGAACAAGUCCAGACAACAUAACCUGACCACCGCCAAUGUCCGCAACAUCAUUCACGAAGUGAUCACCAAUGAGCAUGUGGUGGCCAUGAUGAAAGCUGCCAUCAAUGAGACGGAGGCCGUGCCUGUCUUUGAGCCCAAGAUGACACGUUCCAAAUUCAAGGAGGUGAUAGAAAAAGGAGUGUCUUUGUUAUUUCAGGUCAUUCCCACUUGGAACAUGUCCCCCAUCAAAAAGGCACCACAGUUUGUGGACAUUCAAUUAGCGGAGGAAGACUCCUCUGAUGAAGAGUACUGCCCCGACGAAGAGGAGGAGGACGAGACAGCGGAAGAUACAUUUCAGGAAAGUGACAUGGAGAGCACGGCCUCGUCUCCAAGGGGAAUCAGAGGAGGCUUCCACAGGAAAAUACACACAGAGUGGGACAACGACAGGAGCUGCAGCCCCAUGCAGGUCAAUCAUAGCAGGUCCAGACACCUAAAGGUGGAGGUUGUCCCCAUGGGCCCUCCUCCUCCCCCCCAGCCCUCCUCCUCUGGCCCACAGGGAUUCUAUACCACCAGGGCCCCUCCAGAAUUCAGCUUCCUGGAGAAGCUUCAUGCCGUGGAGGAGGAGCUGGCCAUCGGCACAGUCUGCCUGGAGCCCUACCAGCCACCCCUGGCGGACGGUCUGAUGGCGUGUCGUACCCGCUCCAAGAGGCCCCUCCGGGACGUCCCCAUGGGCCAGUUGGAGGCAGAGCUCUGUGCCCCUGACAUCACGCCCGACAUGUACGGGUGUGACUCCGCCCCCGAGGACCCCGAGUGGACCCACUGGCUGCAGGGCAUCAUGACCUCUGACAUGUACAACGAUGAGGAAGGCGAUGAUGAUGAUGAUCCUGAGUAUAACUUCCUGGCGGAGAUCGACGAACCCGACGUGGAGGAUUACCGUAAUGACCGAGCCGUCCGCAUCACCAAAAAGGAAGUGAACCAGUUGAUGGAGGAGUUGUUUGAGACAUUCCAGGAUGAGCUGACUGCUCAGGAGCAAGAUGGGGAGGGACACGAGGAAGAGGAGGAGAGGGAGGAAGAGGCACCUGCCCUGGGGACACCCACAUUCAACACCCCGCCAGAUAUCCCGUUGGAGGACCCCAUGGCGGAGGUGACGGCAGGGCGCUACCGUACGGUGAAGGAGCAGCUGGACGCCAUCCGGCGUCGCCGGGCCCUGCUGGAGAGCCAGGGCCUGUUGGUCCCCAGGGCCCUCAUCACCAAGCCCCGAGAGCCCCCGCCUCCAUUCACCCCCACCCUGUCCCACCACCAGAGACUCCAGCUGCAGCAGCAAGUCCAGCAGCACGUCCAGCUCCUGACCCAGGUCCAUAUGUUAACCAGCCCAGUGGCUGCACUGCAGAGUGAAGCAGCCACCACCAAGCAGUUCCUGAUGGAGUUACAGAUGUUUGCCCAGCGUGGGGAGUUGGCCCAGCGUGGGGAGUUGGCCCAGCGUGGGGAGUUGGCCCAGCGUGGGGAGUUGGCCCAGCGUGGGGAGUUGACCCAGCGUGGGGAGUUGGCCCAGCGUGGGGAGUUGACCCAGCGUGGGGAGUUGACCCAGCGUGGGGAGUUGACCCAGCGUGGGGAGUUGACCCAGCGUGGGGAGUUGACCCAGGGCCCAGUGGAGACAUGCUUUACCAGUGUGUUCAGAGCCUGUAACCUACAGGGGGCACUGUCACUACUGGAGGAGAUCAGACUGUCCCCAAUCCCUUACCAGGAAGCCCCUAACGAGCCACGAACAUGCAGGAGAGUCCGGAAGCACCCGUCGAUGCCACCCCAGCUGGCAUGGCUGUUUGCCACACGGCCGGUGUUCCUGUACCCUGAGCUACUGCCCCAUGUCAGCCUGGACCCAGCCCUGCACUCCGCUCGCUCAGUCAGCAUGUUCACCGCAGGAGAGGACUGCCUGAUCGUCCUGGGCCUGAGAAACCUGGGGGAGACCCUCCAGCCCAAGGAACUGCUGUGUCACUACCUGCUCCGCGCCAAGAGGGUCUCUCAGCUCCGUGACCACAUUAUGGAGAAGUGUAAACACACCCAUCCCAACAACGUCAUCAAGGCCUACCAGCUCCAGAAAGUGGUCCUUCCCAUGCCGGUGGCCUGUGACCGAGUGAAGCCGGGUGACCUGCGCCCUUCAGUGGAGAGAGAGGAGAGAGCCAUGCCCGGAUGGCUGAGGAGAAGUUUGCCUUAUAUCUACGAGGCAAUCAGGGAACUCAACAGCUCGCCGGAUACAGAAGCCAUGUCGGCCUGUCAAUCAAAGAAAGCCCCACUCGUCAGUCUUCUCUUCAGUUCCUCCAGAACUUUGGACUACAGCUUCCCUCCCGGGACUCGCUACCCGCCCCAACUCCCCGACAGCCUUUCAUUCCAGCGCUGCGGCUUCAGGCGCUGGCACCGUCCACCACCCUGUGACCUCUCACUGUCCCUGGCUGUAUCGCACAACGCCACCCAGAGUCUGGGAAGUGGAACUACAUCCUCUGAAAAUAAUUCCCAGACAGGUGCUGUGAUUCAGCAGUGCAUGGCCCACCACAAACUGCGGCCCAUCCAGCCUGCAACAUCCAAACCUCCUUCUCUUCAUCAUCCCACCAAGCCUCAUCUGAAACGUCCCCUCAAGCCUCAACCCAAACCUUCCCAGAAGCCCCUGCACGUCAUCCUCAAUUUGCCUGCCCCAGUGCCCGCAGCUGUCCUUUGCCCUGCCCCAUCCGCCAGGGUGUUGGCCUCCCGGUUGUCACAUUUCGCUCCAUUGGCCAAAGACCUGGUUGCUCGGAAGUUCAGCACAUUCGCCAACCUCCGCAGGCUGCCCAGGCUGCUGCCAGCCCCUCCACCUAACAACAAGAUCCCUCCCCAAACAAACCUGAAUACCGUGGCCCCCAACAGUGGCGCAAACCUCCUUUUGUUGCCCCACAUGAGUAGUAGAACAGCAUCCACUGUUACCGAAACCCAAACCUCGGUCUCUACUACGACUCCUAUCGAACAAUUCAAGAAAAAAUCCUCCAGGAUGAGCCGGCGGCGGGUGACAAAGAAACCUAAAAGCAGCCUGAAGAGUCAGGGUAAGCCCCAGCCUUCAGCCUCCACGGAACCACCUGCCCUGGACCAGGCUCUGACCCCAUACGACUAUGUCACAGUUGUAAUGGAGGAAGAGGGGGUGGAUGAGAGGGACGAGGAUGGAGGUGAUUAUGAUAUGCCCCUCCUGGCCCUGUCGGAGUCCUCUGCCAGCCCCCCGGGGAGCGUUGACUCCGCUGACCCCUCUGAGGAGUCAGAGGGGCAAGCGAUAACGCUGAACCUAUCGCCCGGGCCGUCGGACAUGGGGGACGGAGAGUGGGAGGGUGAAGAGGGAAGGGGAGACGGAGAUCAGGAGGAAGAGGAAGUGAUGUCACCAGCUUCUGAGGAGUCCACAUUGUCUGUGCCAGAGCUGCAGGAGACGAUGGAGAAACUGUCAUGGCUGGCGUCAGGGGGGAGGUCAGAGGACUUGGAAGAGGGUGAACAAUCAGGCACAUCCUCAGAAUGCCAUAGUAGUAGCCCCAACCCUCCUAGCUCGAGGCACGAGCAGCAUCACACUGGAGUAGUCGGCAGCAAGGGGUUAUCCAAAAGACUACCGAUCAUCUACGACCAUGACAACUUACUCGACAGCGACCCCCUGAGGGAGAAGAAGGAAAUAGGCUUCGCUCAGCAUUAUCUCAACAGGGUGUGCCAUGCCCUGCAGGAGGUGCCAGGGCGCGUGGAGGAGUUUCUGGAGGUACUCUAUGAGUUUGAGCAGGACGGAGAUGGGCACACCUCCGUGGAACUCUUCAUGAGGCUUAAACCUGUUCUGAACGAGUGGCCGGAGCUUCUCCGAGACUUUGCUGCCUUCCUCCAUCCCGAACAAGCCCAGGAGUGUGGACUGCUGUCAGAGCAGCAGGCGUUUGAGCGUAGCCGGCACUUCCUGCGACAACUGGAGUUGAGCUUUGGGGAAAACUCCUCCCACUACCGCAAGAUAGUGAGCGUCCUUCAAGGAGGCCCUACUCUCAGUCCUGCUGGAAUCAAGGAGGUGAAGGCCCAGAUAGCCAACCUUCUCCGAGGUCACACCCACCUGCAGGGUGAAUUCUGGGUGUUUUUCAACGAGCUCCACUUACGGCCCUCGCUGCAAUGUCAGACUGAGAACAGAGGCCGUGGUGAUGUGACCAACACAAUCUCCACUUCCCAGAAGUCAUCAGCAGCAAAUAAACCUAAGAGAUGCCAAGGCACUAAAACCCCAAAAGCCACACAAGUGAAGGAGAAAGAGGGGGAUCACUACACCCACCCGGAGUCCUCAGUCUGUGCCAAAAACAUCUCACUUACACCCAGUGGAGAGAAAGUCAUCCUCUGGACCAGGGAGGCGGACCGUGCCAUCUUGACCGCCUGUCAGCAGAAGGGAGCAAAUAAAAUAACUUUUGAAGCCGUCUCCGCCCAACUUGGCAACAAGACAGCCAAUGAGGUUUGUGCCCGUUUCCAGGAUCUCAUGCACCUUUUCCGCUCCUCCACCGAGCGGGUGUACUCCGACGAGGAGGUCAGUGACACAGAGCCAACCAGCAGCAGAGAGCCAGACCCGGACUGAGCAGGACCCAACACCAGUGGAACAAUACCGUAAUAACACUUAGUCAGCAGGAUUGACAAACUGCAGUCUAAGCCACAGAAAAGGAGGAGCGCUUGACCAAUCUCUAAAAACUUGGUUGGCACUUGACUGUGCUUCCUCUGACUCAACACUACUGAAGGUGCAGAAAUAUGGGUAAGUCUCCCAUUGAUUUUGCAGAUGCAGGGGCCAUUAAGACACGGCCAGGACUCGUUUCUGUGCUAGUAUGCAUAGACAAAGUACAAGGGUUCCAAAUGUGUUAAUGUGUUCAGGCCAUGAGGUUCCUAGUGUUAUGAGGUGCUGAAAUGUGAAAUCCAACCCCUCUUGAAUGUAUGAAGGAGAAAAGCACAUAAGAUGUGCAAGAGGUCUUAGAGCUGUAUCCGGCUACAAGUAAUAUUGGAAGAGCUCCUGAGGGCCUUCCAAAUCACAAUUAAGAGAAACACAUUGCACAGUAAGAAUCAGUGUAGACUAUAGCACAAUCAUGUUGAAGUAAAUUCUGCUGAAAUGUAAAAAAAGGGAUGAAAAUGGACAAUUGAUUGCCAACUGUAGUGUUUUCAUUAUGACACAGAUUGACUGAUACUGGACAGUCAGAUGCUUUGCUGGUUGCUAGUAUGACUGUUUGAAUAAAGUGUACAUAAUUGUUUUACAUAA